GGUGUCUGUCUAAUCUGGGUACAGACUCCUGGCUUUGCGCGUUAUGUUCAUUUCAAAGUGUCCAACAGCGGCUGGUAGAAUUGCCUUUGGUUCCCUCCUGUGCUCCGGUCCCUCCCCCAGCGCUGCUCUGCUCUCCACACAGCGAGCGCAUUUGACAGGCUGAGGGGUCGUAAGCGAGCAGAAAGCUAGCGAGAUGUUAGCCAGCUAAUUUAACAGCAUUAACUAACAGCUGCAGGCUAACGUGUUUUAUCCAGCGGGUCCGGGCCCGGAGCGCAGGGGGUAGCUGUCGGAUGUUACUGGCAGUACACCGAGAUCCAUGUACACAUAGCAAAACGCGUUUAGCUGUUUGAACACACCAGCCAUUUAUAAUGAUGACGGCUAGCUCACUAGCUACAAUAGGCCAACGCUUAUUUCCCACCGCUGUCUUACUUUUGUGCAAUAAUUUCGCUAGCCAACGUUAGCCGUGCCCGUAACCGAGCUAGUCGGGCACCACAAAUACAGCAAGCUAACCCCGGUCCGCCGGCUGGAGUCGCGUCUUGGUAGAAAACAAGUGGACUUUGGCGUUAUUUCUGCUUUUGAAUGAAGGCGUCGAGGCAGUGAGACUGUCCAGAUUCCAUAUGCCACAGUAGAGCUCAUGAUGGCUGGAACUCGUCAAGGCUUUGGGGGAUGAUUUCGUGAAGUAGGAGGGGUGUGUGACGCUGUGUGUGGGGAGGUUGUGCAGGAUGCAGCAGCAGUGAGGACACACUCUCGCCAUGGCGUGUCCCCCACCCCCUCUCCCUGUUUAGAGCACCAUCCGCCCUCUUACUCACCACUGGGGCUUCAGAGUGGAGCCCCACACGCCACACCACACACACCAGCACACUACAAUCCCAGUCCUCUGUGUGUGUGUGUGUGUGUGUGUGUGUGUGUGUGUGUGUGUGUGUGUGUGUGUGUGUACUCAAGGUGUGUGUGCAUUGGGCUCCGGCCCCCUUCCUGAGGGAAGAUGUCUGUGCUGUUGCCUCUUGACGGGGUGAGGGAGGGGGAGAGUGCACUGACCUCUGAGGCUCCGACUGACACCCGCUGCAAAGGAAACACAAACACAACCAGCAAAGAUUGCUCCACUGACAACAACACAGAGCUUGACGAAAACCUCUCACAAGACACACAGAAACGCUGUCAGAACCAUGGCCAUACCAGGAAAAGAGCCAAGUCCAAUGCCAAGCUAAAGCUGGUGAGGAGUCUAGCGGUAUGUGAAGAGUCUUCAGGCCCGUUUUGUACUGAUGGACCUCCAGAAACCCAGGACAUUAUUCAGCUCCACAUCAGCUGCCCGUCAGACAAAGAGGAGGAGAAGUCCUCGAAAGAUGAGUAUGAGAGUGAAGAGAGGGAGAAGAAGGACAAGACUCCGCGCAAAAUGCUCUCACGUGACUCCAGUCAGGAGUACACAGACUCCACAGGCAUCGAUGUGCACGAGUUCUUGGUGAACACACUGAAAAACAACCCCAGGGAUAGAAUGAUGCUGCUGAAGCUGGAACAAGAUAUACUGGAGUUCAUUAAUGAUGACAAUAAUCAGUAUAAGAAGUUCCCCCAGAUGACCUCUUACCAUCGCAUGCUGCUACAUCGAGUCGCGGCUUAUUUCGGCAUGGACCACAAUGUGGACCAAACUGGCAAAGCAGUCAUCAUCAACAAGACGAGCAACACGCGCAUCCCUGAGCAGAGGUUUUCUGAGCACAUUAAGGACGAGAGGAACAUGGAUUUCCAAAAGAAAUUUAUCCUGAAGAGGGAUGAUGCAAGCAUGGACAAAGAUGAUAAUCAGAUCCGGGUUCCGCUCCAGGAUGGCCGUCGCAGUAAGUCCAUUGAGGAGAGAGAAGAGGAGUAUCAGCGGGUCCGAGAUAGAAUCUUUGCUCGGGAAGUGUUUUUUUCUUCACAGUCUUCUCAAAAUGGAUACAUCAACGACAACAGACUGUCCACUGAAGGCUACUCCUCUUCUUCCCAUAAGAGGAGGCAGAUUUUUAGGGGCAAUAAAGAGAGUUCGAGCAGGGCGUCCAGCAGUCGGCAGAGCAGCACAGACAGUGACAUGAAGAGCCUGGAGCCCCGGCCGUGGAGCAGCACAGACUCUGACAGUUCAAACCGCACACUGCGGCCGCCCGUCACCAAGGCCAGCAGCUUCAGCGGCAUCUCCAUCCUCACACGUGGUGACAGUCUGGGUAGCAAGGGUUCGCAGGGCAGUGCCAGGGGCUCACGCACAGGUCUUCCUCUUGUCACCACAGAGGCAUGCCCCCAGCAGGGGCGCAGUCUUUUGCCCUGUCCUUCUAAUUGCCCCUCCAGUGUCCCUCCACCACAAAACCAGGCGCCCCCACCACCUCCCCAAACCGCCCUUCUGCCCACCCCUACACACAGUCACACUCAUACCCACCCACAGCACCCCAUCAGCAGCCAUAACCACAACCACAUGCUACCACAGCCGGUGGCGUCCCUGCAGCCCUCUCCACAGCCUGUCUCAUACUCCAGUCCCUCCUGCCCUCAGGUCAUCCUGCCUGUUUCUCCUUCUCAGCAGUAUAACAUGGCUGAUGAGUUGACUUCAGGCUUUGGGCAGAUGUCUUUGAGCCGUCAGGGCUCCAGUGAGGCUCCAGAGCCGACCAGCCUCUACCAGCCUCCUCCUGCUGUCCUGUCGCAGCAUCCCCCACCACAGCCAAGCUACAUUAUGCCCCCUCCACCCUCCGGUUACCAGCCGCCCACGCCUCACCCACAUCCCCCUCCACCUCCUCCGCCCCCUACCCAGCCUGUGCUGCAAACAGCGCCUCCUGCACAGGGAUACAUGCAGCCCCCUCCACCACCUCAGCAGAUCCAGGUGCAGUAUUACUCAGCUGGUGGGCAGUAUCCAAGUUCAGGGCAGCAAUACAGGUCCAUAUCCCACCAGGUGUCGUACCCCGCUCAGCGCUCUCAGCCCCUCCCCCCACCAGCGCAGCCCUCUGCUCCUCUCCAGCCCAUGAUGGCUAGUCAGCAGCCAGCAUACCAGGGCAUGAUGGGAGUUCAGCAGCCGCAAAGUGCCAGUAUAAUGAACACUCAGCGUGCAGGCAUGAGCGGACAGAUGCAAGGCAUGAUGGUCCAGUACACACCCAUGCCCUCCUAUCAGGUGGCUGUAGCUAAUGAAAGCCAACCUGUGGUGCAGCAGCAGUACCAGCAGCCUGUCAUGGUGCCAGUCAGCCAGUCUGUACAGGGUGCUAUGCCAACCGCUGCGCCCAUGCCAGUCUACUACAGUGUCCUGACUCCUGCACAACAGAACAGCACAAGUCCAUCUGUGGGCUACCUGCAGCCUCCCAGCUCAGAUCAGUACCAGAUGACCCAGUCUCCUUCCCCCUGCAACCCUCAGCAGAUACAACAGCAGUAUUCAGGCGUGCCACCCCCUGGUCCAGGUGUCAUGGUGAUGCAGCUGAGUGUUCCAAAUGGGCCACAGUCGACCCAGAAUCCUCCCAUGGUGCAGUGGAAUCCCUGCAAGUAUUACAGCGUGGAGCAGAGACCCAGCAAGUCUGACCCACAGGUCAGCACUCAGUUGAGUAGUCCUAUGGCGUCUCCUACUCAGUCUCCCACUCCUUCUCCCUCCAGCAGUGGGAACAGUGUGUGUCCUGGGCUUGGCCCACUGCCACUCAUUUCUCAGUUCCCUCGGCCUGGCGGACCAGCACAAGGAGAUGGCCGGUAUUCCUUACUGGGGCAGCCGCUGCAGUACAGUCUGUGUCCUCCACCCCUCAUGCACAACCACAGCCAGUCAUCCUAUAGCUCCCACCAGAGUCCCGGAGUGAUAAAACAUGGAGCCCGAGGGAAGAAACAGACGCUCAAAUCUGCUUCUACAGAUCUAGGAACUACUGACGUGGUGGUGAGCCGUGUACUGGAGGUGACAGACCUGCCCGAGGGUAUCUCUCGUCCUGAGGCCGAGAAGCUCUUCAACCAGCUCUCCCUCUGCGGUGCCAAAAUCCAGUGGCUGAAGGACCCCCAAGGGCCCCGAGGAACCACAACAGCCCCAGGGCCCGGAGGAGGAGGGGGCAAGAGCGAUGCACACGACCCAGCUCACCUCUACACAGUGGUGGCAGUGUUCCCCAACACCAUGGCCGCCCAGAGCGCUUCCUUCAAGCUUAACAACAGCGGAGGCAGCCUGUUCAAACUGCGCGCUGCCAAAAAGAACUAUGACCUGCGUGUGUUGGAGAGAGCCAGCUCCCAGUGAAGAGAGAGAGAGAGGGAGGGAGGGAGGAGGAGUGGAGUAGGGGAUUCUGGUGGUCAUUGAGAGGAAGCUGAAUAUGCUUAAAUUGAAAAGAUCAUUCUGGCAUUCUCAGUCUUUUUUUCUUUUUCUUUUACUUCCCUUCCCCCGAAGUUCUCUUUUCUUUUCCUUUUCUUUUUUUUUUUCUUUUCAUUACCUGAAGAGCACAUAAGACACGUAUGCAUGUGGAACUCUGUUGCUGUAUAUGUAAUUACAUAUGUACACAUACAUAGACACAUACACAUUGGCAACAGAUCAGCGUCCGCACCCAGAGAUGCACUGGACAGAGGAACUUGGAUUAGCCCCCUCCACUCUCAUCCACCUUCCUUUUUCUAUCCCUCUUUCAUUCUGUCCCUCCAUUCUCCCUCAGUCCUUAUAUGCAGUCUGUGUCUCUCUCUCUCUCUCUCUCUCUCUCUCUCUCUCUCUCUCUCUCUCUCUCUCUCUCUCUCUCUCUCUCUCUCUCUUUCUCUUUCUCUCUUUCUCUUUCUACGUCUUCACUCUCUUCUCGCUUUGCUGCUCUUCCGCUGCUCCCCCUCUUGCUGAUUCUUUACCUCUUCAGUUUCUCUCACAUGUUCGUUCUCAGACUCUGACUUUCUUUCACUAUCAGCUGUUUCUCGCUUGCUUUCUGUUUGCCUUAAUGCUGUUGGUGACUUCUAUAUUGCGCUGUUUUCUUUUCACUCUCUCUCUCUCUCUCUCUCUCGGAUGAAAUAAUGUUCUUUUUUCGGUUCGAUAUAUUUAUAUAAGUGAUGUAAGGAUUAUAAGAAAUAUAUAUUCAGUGAUUUUUUUUUUUUUUUUUUCUUUCCCCCCAGUGGAUAAGUUAAAGCUCCUUUACUACCCAUCCCCGUUCCUCACUUCUCCCCGUCUCCCUUGCCCUCACCCCGCACUCCCUCGUUCCUUACCCACCCUCCUUUAUUGUGUUUUGCGUUUUUCGUUGACAGCUGUGCAGGAAGUUAUCUGAGGUGUUUAAAAAGUGCACAAUGAUUGCAAAUGUCUACUGUAAAUUCCACUUAAUCUGUUCUUAUUUUGUUUGUUUUUAAAAAUAUAAAAGAUGAC